AUGGCCGGUGGGUACGCCUACGAAAUCGACUGCGGCUUCGAUUUCUACGGUAGCGAUUUUUCUGGUCUGCAGACCGAAAAUCUGGCGGAUUGUCUCUUGGCUUGCUCCGAUUACACUUCCGAGGCGGUUCGCAAUCGGCAGGCAACGAUUGUUGCCUCAAGUACGGCAUUCAUGGAAUUGACGAUGAGAAUCCCGGAAUUCCUAGCAGUUGUUAAGUUCAAUCUGAACAUGCUGAUCCCCCCACAACUAACACUGCAGCUGAACUUGGACCUGGAAACGCCUAUACUGGAGCAUUCGCCGGUAGUACUGGAGCCGGAAAAGCCAAUACCUGAACUCCUGGAGGCAGUAACAGCAGUCGUUUAG